AUGAACAUUGUUGAACAUCGAGGAGACGGUGAUUGUCAACGAUGUGCUGGUUUUUCGGAUUCGUCCUAUGGCCAGCAUGCAAAGGUCUCGCAGCGAAUCCGACAGAUAAAAGGACAAAAUCUUCUUAGAGACUUGGAGAUAUUGAGAGACCGCGCUGAGUACUUUGCUAGGCAAAACCGUCAUAUCAAUUCGUUGGACGGCAUAGGUUUUGGGCAGAGCAAACGAUUUGAUACUCUCAGUGGUGUAUCUUUCGGAGGUCAAAAAAGAAACUUUGACGAAAUUGACCGCAGUAAUUUCGACCGGUUUAUCAAGAAGAACUUUGACGAAAUUGACCGCAGUAAUUUCGACCGGUUCGUCAAGAAGAACUUUGACGAGAUCGAUCGCAGUGCUUUUAGUAGCUUCGUGAAACGCCCCAGCAAGGUGCCAGCGGCCAAUUUGGAAUAG